AUAAAUAACAUCAGCUGUCUUCUAUCACCGGAGGUGCUAAAAAUUGGAAAUUUUCAAAAUAUGUUUCAUUUUAUUAUCUCCUAUAAUUUUGAAUUUGAAUUUUCGUAUUCCUCAUAGUUUUAUUUUUUAUCUGUAGUACAAAUAUAAGCAUAUAAUUUUACGUUUAAUUUGAUCGCAUAUGUUUAAAUUAUUUGCCUCUUGACAGUAUGGCAGAUAUUAAAUCCCUGUUAAAAGAAGCACGGAAACUUGUAGACGAAAAGAACUUCAAAGAUGCUCAAGAAUGUUGUAAGAAUAUAUUGAGAAAAGACAAGCAGAAUUAUUUAGCUCUCGUUUUACUUGGAAAAUCUUUACAAGAUGCAGAUCAGGCGCCUUUAGCUUAUCAAAAGGCUAUCGCAAGCAAACCUGAUCAUGCCUUAGCCUGGCAAGGAUUAGCUAAUUUUUAUGAAAGGAAAGAGGACAAUGCUUCGAAAAUUAAACUUAUCUCUAUAUACAAUGAAAUUUUGAAACUUUCUCUUGAAGAAGAAAAAGCAUUAGAAAUAAUAACAAAGGUUGGUCAAUUGGGCUGCUCUCUUAAAAACAAUGAUACAAUUACAAUCCUUUUAUCAUAUAUUAAGUCUAAGCCAGAAAAUAAGCUUAAGGAAACAGCUGAAGAACAAUUGUUAAUUCUGUUAAAAAGUGAUAUUAUUUGUAAGGAAAAUGAUAUUUCGAGUGUUUUAUCUUUCUUGGAUUGUAUGGAAAAUAAUAGGGAAACCAUGCAAAUGAUAUAUGCAAAAAUAAUAUUACAAAAACCUAAUUUCGCAUCAGCAGUUACUGAUAUCAUAAAUCUAAGUUUUUUCUCUACCAAUGUGUCGCUUCGAGAAUGGCUAUGUAAACAGUUAUGUUUUAAAUUUGUUGAAGAAAACUCAUUUAUGGGAUUCGAUAUAGAUGAACAUUUCAAUUUAAUAACUGAAGGAAUAGAAAAUUCUAAAUAUCCUGCUCUCUUAAAAAGUAUGAUUUAUUAUAACAAGGGUCAAUAUCUAGAAGCUUAUAAACAGUGUGUGCCUUUAGUAAAUUAUCAGGAAGCAGACAAAACUGAAGCAAUAUUUAUUAUAAGGUGUACACUAAAGCUAAAUAAAUGGUCAAUAGCUCAGAAGCUUGCAACAAAUUUUUUGAUUAAAGUAAAAGAUGAUGAUUGUAUAUUAAUACUUAAAAAAUUACUGUUCGCAUCUUUAUAUGAGCAACAAAAAUGGGUGCAGGCCAUAUCUAUAAGUAAGGACAUUCCUGUAUAUUCAUUUAGUGAAAGUGAACAAGCAGCUCUGGCUAAAUGUUACAUUGAAACAAACCAAGAAGCAGCAGAAAUUCUCGACAACCUCCAAUCUACAAAAUACUUUGCUCAACUAAGAGCAUUGUCACUUAUGAAAACUGGGAAAUACAAUGAUGCAGUUGCUAUAUUGGAGGAAAAUUCUUUGGAUAAUCAACUUAAUCUUUUCUAUUUGGGACAAUGCUAUUGGGAAUUACAGCAAUAUGAUAAGUGCCUUUUAAAUCUUCUUAAAUCAGCAAAACUAAAUGCUGAACAUGGGUAUACAUUUUUGUAUUUAGGGCAUUUUUAUUAUAAAUAUAAACAGGAUCUGGAAAAGGCCAAAAAAUGUUAUGAAAAGGCACAUAGCCUAAACAACACUGACAAAGAUAUAAUUAAAAGUUUAAGUGAAAGUUAUUUAAAAUUAAAUCUCAAGGAUUUAGAUUUUGAAUUAUUGAAGGCCUAUCAUAAUAAAGAAAAUGAAACAUGGAUUCACUUUCGAUUAGGUCUUCAUUAUAUCAAUAAAAGGGAGUGGGAAGAUGCUAUACUACAGUUUAGAAAUGUUAUUAAAGCCAAUAAAAAUGAUGUCAUUGCCUUCGAAUGUCUAGCUGAUGCUUACUAUUCUCGUGGGUCAUUUACAUCCGCCUUGAAAGCUUACAAGAGAGUAAUAGCAUUAAACUCUAAUCAUAUGAGUCAUUGUUUAACAAGAAUUGGUUUUAUACACUGUCUGCUUACAGAAUAUGAAGAUGCUAUAACAACUUUUGAAAAUGUCCUUAAAAUGGAUGCAAAGUCAGUCUUAGCACUAAAAGGAAUUGCUGAAACUUGGAUAAAAAUUGCGAAAAAGAAAGCAUCUGCUAAAUUAUUUGGUGCUGCACGUGAUUCUGCUCAAAAUGCUAUAAAUUUUAUUUGUAAGGCCUUAACACAAGAAAAAAGAUUUACAUGUUUCUGGAACUUAUUAGCUAAUGCACUAAUUUUUAUAACAAAUCUUCCAGAUAAAUAUUGUUAUGUUUAUAUGAGGACUGCAUCCUUAGAUCAAGGAGACAUGGUAAAAGUUGACAAAUUAAAUAUUUUCCCACAAGCUCUUGCAUGUUAUUCCAAAGUAAUAAAAAUAAAUAAACAAAAUUCUUCAUAUAUUCUAGCAUUAACAUAUCUACUUUAUUAUCAUGCAUCUGGGAAUAUAUCAAAUUUGCAGAUAUCAUAUAAACUAGCUUUGGCUUGUAUUCAUUCCAAGCCAUCAGCUUGGCGUAAUUGGAACCUGCUAGGAAAAAUAUGUGUUUUCAUGAAAAAGUAUGACAUUGCCCAGCAUUGUUUCAUUAAAGCAUUAUUAGUAACUCAUAAAUGGUCUGUUGCAAAAAUUUGGUGCAAUUUGGGCAGUCUGUAUGUUAUAGUAAAACUCUAUAAAUUAGCAAAUUAUUGCUUUUGGCGAGGGCAAUCAACCCUACCUUCAUAUCCUCAAAGUUGGAUUGGACAAGCCUUGAUCGCAGAAGUUAUACGUGAAGAAGAGGCAAUGGAUCUAUAUAGGCAUGCGUCAAGACUUGGUUACCACCCUGAGAGUGCUCUUGGAUAUGCAGACUGGAUUUGCAGAAUACUAAAAAAUGGUGAUUAUAAGAACAACCGUGAAUUAAAGUAUGUUAUUGAUGAUCUGUAUGCAGUUACAUAUGGCAUUGAUUUAAUGGAAUGGUUUAUUACUCAUGAACCAAAUAAUGCUUGUGCAUUAAAUAUUCUCGCUAUUUUGCAAGAACGGUCUGGUCUCCUUCAUGUGGCUCUAGAGUCUUACCAAAAAGGUUUAGAGUUUGCAGAAGAGGAAAAAAAGAAUAUUAUUAGAUUAAAUAUUGGAAGGCUUUUGAAUAGACUUGAAAGGUAUGAUGAUGCUAUAAUAACUUAUAAAAAUGUAACCGAGGCAAGUUUAGAUUCAACAUGUGGAUUAGCAUUGGCACUAUUUAAGAAAGGUCUUUAUGAAGAAGCAUAUUCAGCUUAUGAUACAGCAUUACAUUGGUUAAGCAAUGAUGAUGAUGAAAAAUCAGACCUACUUGUGGCGAUGGCUGGAAUUGUGUACAUGUUUAAGGGAAUGGACGAUGCAAAAACAUUACUGUUUCACAGUAUUCAAGUGUCUCAAAAGAAACCUACACCAUAUAGCUUAUUUGCUAUUUGCUCUUUAGGAAUUUUGCAUUCAGAUCAAAGUUUGUCAAAACUAGCAUUAAGUGAAUUACAAAAAUAUGAAAUGGAUAGUAGAUUUGGAUAUGAUAUAGGUUUUCUAAAAUCAUAUCUCAUUUAUAUAAGUGAUAUAGAUCUUGCUAUUAAGUCAAUAAGUGAUAGUAUUCAUGAUCAUCCAAGUGAUGCACUGUUGUGGUUUUGUAUGUCUCAGUACUGCCUUCAAUCCCCAAGUAACAAAGCAAAGGUUGCAAGUUGUUGUGCUCAAAGAGCAAUGUAUUCAGAUCAUGACAAUAGUCUCACUGCUAAAAUGAUGGCUACAGCAAGUGUUGCUGAAAAUGUCAGUGGAGAUAAAUUAAAAGCUAUGUUAUUAGCAAAGAAGGGUCUUCAUCUAUACCCAAGUCAACCUGAAGUGUGGGCGGCUAUAUUAUUCUCAAUUACAUGCCAAAAAAUCAAUUUGGAAAAAAGAGAUUGGACAUUAGCAGCAGCAAAUCAUAUGAGAAGACAAUUAGAUGUGUCUCGACAAAUGAUCCGGUGGAUUACCUUGCUUGAAAAAAAGCUUACUAAGGCAUGAAAUCAAAAAUGUGAUAAUGUAAUAAAUUGACUCAAUAUUAAUUUAAUUACAAGGAGCAAUAUGUUAUACUAUUUAUUAACUGCUAACCAUGAAAUGAUUAUGUUUGAAAGAAAAUAAAUACAACUCUCCAUUUUAUAGAUAA